GCUGUGACAAUGGUUCGAUGGAAUUUUCGAGGAAAUUUCAAGCGUGCGAAAGCACGUCACACUGUUCCGCCGGACUGGAUAUCAAUUUUCGAUUGCGCGAAAGAACGAAGACGCGAGGGUCGUUUCUCUCCCGAACUAGGAUCACGUUGUCGACAGUGAACGCGAUUUGUUCGCGUUACCAAAAAAAUGGACCGCGUACGUUGACAAAGGGUGGUGCCGAGAACCGAAGCGCGUUGUUCGAAUCGAUCGGGAGAAACGUUAAUUGAGAAAAUUCCAGGGAAGUGGCGAUCAAGGUACUUCACAGUAUCGAACACGGUAUCGAUCCGCAUCGCGAACGAGAGUACGCGUGAAUCGUUGGAAACGUGAAAGAACGUCGUGAAACGAGCAUGGUCGGGAUCUUCUCGUUCCUACGGUCAGCUCGUAUUGAUCGUGCUUUACUUGUUGCACGCAUAGCAGAGCUCGACCCCGUGCGCAUUCCCCAACUCCGGCUCCGACACCUUUCCCCGACCAUCUCUGUCUUCAUUUUUCAUCAGUGAAUCUAAUUAACGUCCGAACACAGCGAGCAACGAGUUACGCACAACGAGCCGUGUAAACGCGAUCCGUGACUCCUGUUUUAAGCACCUUGCUCGAACGAUUCUCGAACAAAGAGAGAAUCUCUCGUGCCGAGAGAACUCGACGUCCGAGCAACGGUAACGAUGAAAAUUGAUGGCACUAUCCGCGAACAUGUUUCGCAACGUUUUCCUUUCUGAAUGGAGGAAGAUGCGUGUUUAUAAUUCGUCGAACAGGUUGUUCGGUUUCAGGGCAACGAACGACGAUACCGACUUACUCGACCUAUCAUGAACUGUAAAUGCAUCCGUAACGAAUGUCAGGAUCCGAUGUCAAAAUGCGCCGUGCUUUGUUAACCGUUGUCUCUUUGGUAAUGCUAGUCGCUGGCUAUUCGCCGCCCAUGGAGGAUUCGACGAGAAACGUUUUUGGUGAAUGCAUUCUUCCAUUGGGUAUGGAGGAGGGAAAAAUACCGGACGAUGCCAUCACAGCUUCCUCGAGUUACGAGAGCAAAUCGGUGGGCCCUCAAAACGCGAGAAUACGACAAGAAAAGAACGGCGGUGCCUGGUGUCCGAAGGCGCAGAUCAGCAGCGCGAUACGAGAAUACCUGGAGAUCGACCUGACGAGAAACCACCUGAUCGCGUGGACCGAGACUCAAGGACGGUUCGGCAACGGUCAAGGCCAAGAGUUCGCGGAGGCGUUUUUUCUCGAAUACUGGCGCGACACCAAAUGGCAUCAGUACAAGAAUUUGAAGGGUGACAGAGUGUUGCGUGGGAACAGCAACACGUACCUCGUGGAGAAACAAAAGCUGGACCUGCCGUUCGUCGCGAGCAGGGUGCGAUUCGUGCCGUACAGCAAGCAUCCUCGAACCGUGUGCAUGCGAGUCGAGAUUUAUGGAUGCUUGUGGGAUCAGUACGUUGUCAGGUACGUCGCUCCGCGUGGAACGCGAGAAGGACCUGGUGGAUGCAACGUUGAAGAUUCGUCGUACGACGGUGAUAAGGAACCCGGACCCGACUCAUCGCUAGUGAACGGUUUGGGCCAGCUGACGGAUGGAAUUUUAGGCGAGCUCUCCGAGAUUUUGUCCUCCACGGCGACUGCCACCAAUUGGGUAGGAUGGACCGAUCGCGAAACCGUUCAAUUCCUCUUCGAAUUUCAAGAGCUGCGGGAAUUCGAGAAUUGCUCGAUUCACGUGGCACGUUUGCCGGAACUGGAAGUCGAGAUGUUCUCCAGACUGCGAAUUUGGUUCUCCACCGACGGUGACGACUACCAAACGAACCCGGACAUAUCGGAAACGAUUCCGAUCGACGUCAACGAUGCGAUCAGCACCGUUCUCUCGACGUCGAUCCCGUUGCGGUCCAAGACCGGAAGGUUCGUGAAGUUGGAACUUGAUUUUGCCGGGAAAUGGUUGCUUCUCAGCGAGAUCACUUUUUACACGGUCUCGAUCAUUGAGAACCGUUUGGUUGGUUCUUACACGUCCAUCGAUCGAUCGUUCGGCGAGGAUCGAAAUCAAAGCGAACUAUGGAGAAAAUUGUCCGAGCUGGAAACCACGAUGUCCGAUCUGAACGAGACGGAUAUUUACAAGAUUCUUAAAGACGACGACUCGACCCUGGACGCUUUUCCCGUGGCAAGCCUUCAGACUUACGUCGGUCUUGUUAGCGGGCUGCUGACCGUGAUCGUUCUCUUUCUAACGUGCACGGCGUUUCUGAUCAAGCAAAGAGGCCGCAACAAGGUAGCGCUCCUGCAAAAGCACACGGCUCUCCUGUGCGACUCGUCCGCUCCCGGCAUCGCAAUCAAUCCGAAAGACGUUAAAAUUCACAGUUCGAUCGUAAACGGACUGUCUCUGAUUCGCAAACCCAUUAUUAUUACAAUGGCCACCUCCGCCAGCGGCACGCUCAACUCUGCGAGCACGACAACGGCCACGACCGCGCCUGCAAUCGCACCUGCAACCGCGACAGUAACUGCGACCGCAACUGCAACCGCGACCGCGAUCGCAACCGCGACCACCGCCGCGACAGCAACCGCAACUACAACCACGUCCGACACCGCCGCUAUCAUCAAUAACGCACUCGUCGAAACCGAUUCGACCAAUACCCAGGCGGAUCAGCAAUCGGAUCGUUCGCGAGCCAACUCGCAAGCUGCCGGCAAUCAGCCUCAUCGUGCUUCCGUCGUGUACGAGAAAACUUGCCAACUGCUCCCCGACGAAGAUUUCAUCCUCGCUGGACUGAACAUAUCCCCGCGUACAUCCGAAUCCUGCACCGACUUCAAAUGCAAAAUCUCGAACUUCACGAGAAACAAAUCGACGGAAUUCGCGCUCCCGGCCCCAGCUGUCGCCGAGACGAAAAAGCCCACCCAUUAUUCUGUUCCGGGGAAAACGGUUCGGAAGGUGCACGAAGGAUACUAUGCUGCCACGGAUAUUUUGACGAUAAAAAGGCGAGAACUGUCGUCGACCGUGAGCCCGUUCACGCCGUUACACAUCCGAGAGAAGGGUGGCAAAGCGAUCAUAACAAGGACGCUCGAUACACGAAAUAUCCGGCGUAUUUCGAGACACAGGCUACGGAUCCUGGACAUGCUCGGCGAAGGUAACUUCGGCUUGGUGCACUUGUGCGAGGCGAAAGGGAUCGCGAGUCCGAACGUGGGAUCUGUACAAAAUCGGCAAACCGUGAUCGUCAGGUCUCUCUGGCGAGGCGUCGUCGAUUCUUUGCGAAUCGACUUUACGAAAGAUAUGCGCGUUCUGGCAACUCUCCGAGAUCCGCACGUGGCAAGGAUGCUCGCGUUGGUCGAGGAAGAACCGUUCGGAGCCGUGUUCGAGUACAGCGAGUUGGGAGAUCUGCCCACCUUUUUCCAAAGCCGGAGCACGUUCGCCGAGAACGAGACGACCCUAAGCUAUAACGACCGCUUGAAUUUCGCAAGGCAAAUCGCGAGCGGCAUGAAGUAUCUAGAGUCUGUGAAGAUUCCGCACUGCGACCUGGCGGCCAGAAAUUGCAUCGUUGGACAAAAUCUGACGAUAAAGGUGUCCGAUCAUGCGAUGUUCUGCAGCAAGUACGAUCACCAUUACUACAUGGACGCGUACAACGGGAAGAUUCCACUUCGUUGGAUGGCAUGGGAAGCGGUCAUUCUGAGCACGCGAAGCUGCCGAGCGGACAUUUGGUCGUUCGCCGUAACGAUCUGGGAGAUAUUGACGAGCUGUACAGAAAUUCCGUAUUCGCAUCUAACGUCGGAGCAGGUUCUCGAGAAUCACAACCGCUGGUAUCAAGGGAACGCGGAUGGAAACGGAACCGGGACCGGAAACGGCCUAAUCAACGUCGACGAAAAAUAUCAGCCGCGAGUUCUGCCCAGGCCUAAUUACUGCUCCGACGAUCUCUAUCGCGUUAUGAACGAAUGUUGGAGCAAACGAACCGAGGACAGGCCUACCUUCGAAGAAAUGAAUCGUUAUCUCGAGAAACUGGCGCACGUUUGAAGUCGCGGGGCACUCGGUCGCGAUUCGCGCGGACCAAAAUCGGUUACAAUCAGCUAAGAUGCAUCCUGUUUCGUGUAUGUAAAUUUAUCUUUUUUAUGCUCGUCCAGCUUCCUCCUGUCUCUCCCUCCGUCUUCCACUCUGUCUUCCUCUCUGUCUCUAUAUACGCGCGGUACCAUUCCACGGCCGAAGACGAGGAACAAAGAGAAAUGACCAAUUUCUCUCGACUCCUGAUCCUCGACCAUCCGUCGCCGCUCCUCUCUUCUUUCGGUAACGCAAGACUUCAAGACUUUCUCGCGAGAUUCUCGUACAAAUCGAUGCGUCGCUCCAGGAUGUUCUGGCCAUCGACUCGUAAUGCUCAACUAGAUUUACUAUGGACUCUGGUCUUUACGUAUAUAUAUGCGUGUACGUACAAGUAUACAUAUAGAAAUACAUGUAAAUUGUCUAACGA